ACCGAUCUAACAACGCCGCGUAUUAACACCUCAAAAUGGCGUCUGCUCUAUUGUUGUUUGCAGUGCUGUUUCUAGGUACUGUAGACUCAAAUAACCUGAAGAGAAGAAAGAAUGGGAAAGACCAAUGGAACGAAUGUCCCAAUAUUGAAGGGUUCUUCAGCUAUGAUUCUAACUCACCAUGCGGCCCCCAGCACUGGCAUAAACGAUACCCAUUAUGUGGAGCCGACAAACAAAGUCCUAUCAAUAUCGACACUGACAAAACUAGGUGUGAAGACGACGGACGAGUCCACUACAGACACUCUGGAGAAGUUGGAGGAAUAUUUGAAAAUAACGGUCGCGCGCCUAACUUCGUUGUGAAAAAAGAUCACUUGAGAAAUAUACUAAUUCUGGGUGAUGACGAAGAUAAUGAUAACGGUGAUAAUACCGGAUAUGUUUUUAAAGAACUACAUUUCCAUAUCGGGGCGAGCGGAUCUUCCUAUGGAUCAGAACAUACUGUUAACAAUCAAGGGUACAAAGGAGAGAUACACAUGGUACACGAGAAACUGAAGGGAGGAAACAACAAAAAGGACACCGACGACAAGAAGGACAAAGAUGACAAAAACGAAAAUGGUGGUCAACAGGACACCCUUGUUUUAGGAAGGUUCUUUAAUGUAAUUGAGGAGUGUUGCAGUUAUGCAGAUAAAUUGAUUUCAAGAUACAUAACCAAAAUCCCGAAUUAUAUGGACGAGACAGAGGCGCAUGUCAAGCCAAGCCGGAUGUUACCCCGGGAUGGGAAAUUUUAUACGUACGUUGGCUCUAGCACAACACCCGUGUGUAAACUGGAUGUUCUGUGGACUUUGUUCAAGACUCCUACCACUGUCUGUGAGACGAAUUUUAAGGUUCUGAUGGAUUUAGAAACAUGGGAAGCUGGGAAUCCUCCACGGAGCAAAUUCGGAAAUAAUCGUCCAAUCCAACGCUUCGAUGUUGGUGACGUCAGAACAAACUUCGGAAAGAGGUGCAGAGACAAUUAGAAGUCAGAUUGAAUCUUUUACACUAAAUUUUCAACUUUGUCCUGUGAUAUGUAUUUAGGAUUUUAUUUCAAGACAGUAAAAACAAUUGCCUUUCUUCCAAUUCAAGCUUGUUUCCUUUACAUGAUACCUAAAAUUAUCUGUGAAGGAUAUAAUUUUGGUUAAAUAGAAAACUAUAGAAUAUGUUACAAUAUAUUGAGGACAUCUAUCAACUUUUAAAAUCUGUUUUAAAUACUUAGAAUUGUUGUCACGAUGUCUGUAUUUUGAAUAUAAAGGAAAACACAUUUAUACUAACUGGCGUCGAGUUUUUAUACUGUUAUGAACUAUUUUCUUCCUUCAGACGCUUUUCUCUUUAAUAUCAUAAUAAACUUAGAUAUUUCAUUGUCA